GAACAAUAAUUUGGGGCACGCUCAAAUGCUCACCUGCUGAAGCGGUAAUGUUAAUCUGAAAAAUCGAUGUGUUAACUAAAAUAAAUGGAUGAGGUUUGAGUCUCAAGAGCUGGAAUGGCAUGGUGACGAUGGAAACUCAAAUACAAGAACUCUCUCCCUCCAAAACCCGCAGGAAAUCCUCCUACGGAACUUCUAAAAGGUCCAUUCUGAAGAAAUCCUUCAGCCAAGAGCAAGUCACCUUCACCGCUCCUCUCUCCGAUGACCCCCUCGUCGCCCUCAUCGGUAAAGGCAGGAAUGCUAGAGGGUGUUGAAUCUGCCCUUGGAUUAUCAAAAGGGUCACUUCCAAAACCUUUUUAUACCAGACUUCAACUAUGGGGUGCAGUUUUUCCAACUAAUACACAUGGAGUUCCAUGUAUCUUUGAUCCCUUUGGAAGGGCUGGGAUAUGUGGUGAUUGGCUACUAGGUUCUAAUAUAGAGGCAGCCGUCUUAAGUGGAAUUGCUCUAGCGAACCAUAUUGCAGACUAUUCCCAAAGCCCCGGAACUGACCCUGGAGAGUUUGCUGUUGGUUUAAAUCAUGAGUUUCAACCACUGGAAGGCCAUGAUAUUGGAUAAUUCCCUGGUUUGUGGUCAGAAGAAAAGAUGAAUGAAGGCCAAGCAUACGAGCUUGCCAAGUAGUCCUUGGUGCUCAUGAAGGUCUCUCAUCUGGUAACAGAAAAUUCACUUCAUAUCCAUGCAAAGGAAAUCCCCCUGAAAGCUUCCCAAUUCUCAAUGUAAGAUAUAGCUUGAAAUUUGAACAUUCCUUUGGGUGAAGAGGGGCCUUAUCUCCCUCAACAGCCACAUGAUGACAUGAAACGACACAGAAUUGUAAUUUACGCAUCUCUUUUGAAGAAAGAGACAGUGGCAUUAUUAUUGUCCUGGAAUGAAUAAAAUUGUCCCUGAAAUGAUAAUAAAUCAUGUUUCUCAUA